AAUUUAUAGGAUGUCAUCGGGAUCACAUUUAAGCAAAGAAUUACAUGAUCUGGUCAAGUAAAUAGGAGAGACUCGUAGCAAAUAGGAAGAAGACAAGAUCAUCAUUAAAGAGGUUCAAUAAUUAAAGACGAAACUAAAUGAGAAGAACUUGCCACCUAAAAAAGUGAAGGAAAUGCUUAUUGGAGCAAUCUACAUUGAAAUGUUGGGGUAUGAUAUAAAAGUGAACUAUAAAGUCACGAUGCAUCUUUUUUACACAUCUAUGCAAUUCAUCUCACACAGUCCAAGAAUUUGGCACUUAAGCGAUUGGGCUAUUUGUGUUGUUCCUUAUUUUUGGAUAAUGAUAGUGAGCUACUUAUAUUGUUGGUGGCCACACUCCAAAAAGAUCUGACAUCAACCGAUGUUCAUGUUGUAGUCAAUGCUCUUACUGCAGUUGGAAAAUUGAUAAGUAAGACUUUUGUGAAUGCGUUGACAGAACCUGUAUUAAAAUUAUUGACUCAUAAUACUGAUGUUGUGAGGAAGAAAGUAUGUCAAUGAUAUCAAUCAUAGGCAUUGAUGGUGAUGUAGAUUAUCAGAUAGUUGAACCAAGAUUGCAUUACAGAAUAAGAUUAUGAUGAUAGAAUCAGAAGAGGAAUCCAAGACAAAGAACCAAGUGUUAUGGGAGCAGCUUUCAAUCUCUAUCAUGAAGAAUUAAAGAGAGGAGCUGUUUACAAGUACAAACCAUUGACAGGUACUUUUGUUUCAGUGCUCAAAUAAAUUAUAGAACAUAAACUACAUAAGGUAGAUUUUGAUUUAUUAAAAUCUAGGAUUAUGAUUAUCAUAGAUUUCCUGCUCCUUGGUUAUAAAUUAAGUUACUUCAGAUCCUUACUCUUUUGGGAGCCAAUGAUUUGAAAGUGAGCGAGUAGAUUUAUGAAGUAUUGGGAUCAACUUUAAGGAGAGCUGAUGACACAGCUAUCAAUAUAGGUUAUGCUGUGACUUAUCAAUGUGUUAAAUGCAUUAGUGGUAUUUAUCCUAAACAAGGUCUACUUGAAUAAGCAGCUAAUUCUGUAUCUAGAUUUUUGAAAUCUGAGGAUAAUAAUCUUAAAUAUUUCGGAAUUAAUGCCUUAACUUAAAUCGUUUCUAUUUCAUAGAAGUAUGUAUUAGAACAUCAAAUGACAAUUGUAGAUUGUCUGGAAUCUAAUGAUGAUACAUUAAAGAAAGAAACCUUAGAGUUACUAUUUAAAAUGACAAAUGAACAAAAUUGUGAAGUCAUUAUCUAAAAAUUGAUUCAUUUUCUCAAAACAAGUUCAGAUACUAAUUUCAAAAAGGAUUUGUUUGUUAAAAUAUCUUUAUUAAAUGAAAAACAUGCACCUACUCAGGAAUGGUUCAUUAAGACUGCUAACACAUUAUUUGAAUUCGGAUCUGAAUUCAUUGAUAAUGAUGUCAGAAACAAUUUCUUUAAAUUAUUAAUAGAUAAUUUUAAUGAUAUUGGAACUGAAUUUGGUGUGUUCAUUACUGAAAUUUAUUCUGAUCUAUUAAAAAAUGAUCUGUAAGACAAUAUUUUGAAAAUUGUCUGUUGGGUUAUUGGUGAAAUUGGAUCAUAAAUCUAUGAUUAAGAUCCAAAUAAAUUGAAUGAAUUAACCCAAUUAGUAAUCGCUAAAUUAGAUUCACAAUUAGAAUCAGAAACAACCAAAUCAUGGAUAUUAACAUGUUUGGCUAAAUUACAAUCAGCAAGAUCAUUUUAAAUGUUUGAUUAAACCAGAGCUAUCUUUUAAAAAUAUAUGCAAUCAAAAAAUUUAGAUUGUUAAUAAAGAGCUGUAGACUUUUAUACCCUUGCAAAAUUUAAUGCAGCCCUCAAAUCUUCCAAAGAUACCACUGUGGAUCCAAAAAUGUCAUUCUUAGAUGCAUACGUCGAAUAAGAAAGAAAGCGAGGAGCUCAACGAUAUAAUCCAUCAUUAUAAGUUAAAGCAGCUGCUUUAGGUUCAGCAGCAGAAGCACCUACUCUUAACUUUGGACCUUAUGGAGGUGCCAAAACUAGUACUUUCGGAGCUGGAGCUGAAGAAAAUAAAACAACAAAUUAGAAUCCUUCAGCUCCAAUUAUAGCAGGACCUUGGGAUGACUCAGGUUACACCUAAAAGUAACCACCAGUUCCAAAACCUGUGAAUGCAAUUCCAAUUGCUAUAGGAUCAACAACAGGAAUCGGAAGUAAUACAAUUGGUUAAACAAUAUCGAAAACAACAAUGCAAGCUAUGGGCAGUGGACAAAUGGGAGUAAAUAAUAAUCUACCUUAAAAUCCAUACAUUCCACCUGUCAGACCUCUACCUCCAAAAGAAGAUCCAAAUUUGAAGGAAAAGCAGAAAUUAGCAUAUCAAAUUUUUGCUCCCAUUUCCUAAACAUAACAACAAUCUUAGUAAUUAUAAUUAUUUAUGUAUUAGAUCAACCUAGAAAAAAGGAAUCUCAGGUAUGGCUACAUAGAAACCUAUGAAUGCAAAUGCAAAUCCAAUCCAAGCAUCUCAAUAAAAACCACCAGCUUAAGUUUUGAAUUUAUUAGAGAUUGAUGACCCUAAACCAUCUUAAUAACCAAUCGCUGAGUUUCCUUAAGUAUAUGUGUAGCAACCAUAAAUUAUAACUCAAAAACCAGUAGUUCCUCAAUAACAACAACCUUAAUAAUAAUAGAUUUAAACUUCUCCUAUUUAGGCAUAGCCUAUUCCUUAACAAUAAAUUAGAUCAUAUAUUCCAGCAAAUAUUAAUGUAGAUCAAUAUGAACAACUUUGGGAGAGAAAUCAAAAUGUCAAAGAGGUUACUUUGUAAAGCAAGAUCAAAUCGGAAUAGGAUUUCAAAAGGAUGAUCUAAAGUAUUAAUAUAAAUGUAUUUCUAAUCCUAAUUAUUCUUUUUAGGUUAUUGAAGUGAUUGAUUAGGAAAUUAUUUGUGCAGGUGCCAAUGCAGAAAGCAAGAGUUGUGUUCUAAUAUAUGGUUGUUACAAUUCAAAUGGGUCAUUGGAUCUGAAAAUUAAUAGUACUGACCCCUUGGAUGCUGAAUACAUUUUAGUUGUUAUUAAGAGAUAAUUCUGUUGA